UCGACGUCACAGCUAUUAACAGACGGAACGCAGGAACGGAGCGAGUUUAGUGAGAGUUCGAAAGAACGCCCUCAGGAGGGGUUUGUGGUGCGUGAGGAGGUCUAUAGUCCUGCCUCGAUUUUCUGCCGUGUAAAGGACAUUUUAUUUAUUUCACUCGAAACGCAGUGGUAAUGAACGAUCACAUCAUGAAUAACGUAGAUCAAUACGGUGACGGUUAUAUGGAGCCCGAAGAAGAAUGGGAGAGGGAAGGAUUACUGGACCCGGCUUGGGAAAAACAACAAAAAAAGACAUUCACGGCAUGGUGCAACUCCCAUCUGCGCAAGGCAGGCACAGCGAUCGAAAACAUCGAAGACGACUUCCGCAACGGCCUGAAGUUGAUGUUGCUGCUGGAGGUGAUAUCAGGGGAGACCCUGCCGAAACCCGACCGCGGCAAGAUGCGCUUCCACAAGAUCGCCAACGUCAACAAGGCCCUCGACUUCAUCGCCAGCAAGGGAGUGAAACUCGUAUCCAUCGGCGCGGAAGAAAUUGUGGACGGUAACCUGAAGAUGACUUUGGGUAUGAUCUGGACCAUCAUCCUGAGGUUUGCCAUCCAGGACAUCUCGGUGGAAGAGAUGACAGCCAAGGAGGGGCUGCUGCUGUGGUGCCAGAGGAAGACAGCUCCUUACAAGAACGUCAAUGUCCAGAAUUUCCAUCUCAGUUUCAAGGAUGGUCUGGCGUUCUGUGCGUUGAUCCACCGCCACCCCCGCCCCGACCUCAUCGAUUACAACAAACUCUCCAAGGACAACCCUCUGCAAAACCUCAACACCGCCUUCGAUGUGGCAGAGAAGUACCUCGACAUCCCCCGCAUGUUGGACCCUGAAGACUUGAUCAACACUCCCAAGCCUGACGAGCGCGCCAUCAUGACUUAUGUGUCAUGCUACUACCAUGCGUUCCAGGGCGCGCAACAGGCGGAGACUGCUGCCAACCGCAUCUGUAAGGUUCUCAAAGUCAACCAAGAGAACGAGAGGCUGAUGGAGGAGUAUGAACGUCUUGCAAGUGAUUUGCUGGAAUGGAUCCGAAGAACGCUGCCAUGGCUGCAGAGUCGGCAGACAGACAACUCGCUGGCCGGUGUGCAGAAGAAGCUGGAGGAGUACCGCACAUAUCGCCGCAAACACAAGCCUCCCCGUGUCGAACAGAAGGCUAAACUGGAGACCAACUUCAACACCUUGCAGACCAAGUUGCGGCUGUCGAACCGUCCCGCCUACAUGCCCACCGAGGGAAAGAUGGUUUCGGACAUUGCCAAUGCGUGGAAAGGACUAGAAACGUCUGAGAAAUCCUUUGAAGAAUGGCUGCUGUCUGAGAUGAUGAGGUUAGAGCGAUUGGAGCACCUUGCCCAGAAGUUCAAGCACAAGGCCGACAUCCAUGAGGACUGGACCAAGGGCAAGGAGGAGAUGCUGCAGAGCUCAGACUUCCGCCAGUGUAAGCUCAACGAGCUCAAAGCUCUCAAGAAGAAGCACGAGGCGUUUGAGAGCGACUUGGCCGCUCACCAGGACCGCGUCGAACAGAUUGCUGCCAUCGCACAGGAACUCAACACCCUAGAGUACCACGACAGUGUCAGUGUCAACGCACGGUGUCAGCGCAUCUGUGACCAGUGGGACAGGCUCGGCAGCCUCACCCAGCGCAGGAGGCAGGCCCUCGACGAGGCCGAGAAGAUCCUGGAGAAGAUCGACAUUCUUCACCUGGAGUUUGCCAAGCGUGCUGCGCCUUUCAACAACUGGCUGGACGGCACCCGAGAAGAUCUGGUGGACAUGUUCAUCGUCCACACGAUGGAGGAGAUCCAAGGCCUGAUGGACGCCCACAGCCAGUUCAAGGCCACCCUGGGAGAGGCUGACAAGGAGUUCACCUCGAUAGUGUCUCUGGUUCGGGAGGUGGAAUCCACUGUACAGAAGUACCAGAUCCCUGGAGGUCUUGAGAACCCGUACACCACACUGACUGCCAAUGACCUUACCAAGAAGUGGACUGAUGUCAGGCAACUUGUGCCCCAGAGAGACAACACUCUACAGCUGGAACUCAGAAAACAGCAGAACAAUGAGAUGGUUCGACGCCAGUUCGCUGAGAAGGCUAACCAAGUUGGCCCUUGGAUCGAACGGCAGAUGGAUGCAGUUACCGCAAUCGGAAUGGGACUUCAAGGCUCCCUGGAAGACCAACUGCACAGGCUGAAGGAGUACGAGCAAGGAGUUUACGCCUACAAGCCUCACAUUGAAGAGCUGGAGAAGAUCCACCAGGCUGUACAGGAGGGCAUGAUCUUUGAGAACAGGUACACACAAUACACGAUGGAGACUUUGCGAGUGGGUUGGGAACAGCUUCUCACUUCCAUCAACCGCAACAUCAAUGAAGUUGAGAACCAGAUCUUGACCCGAGACUCUAAGGGCAUCACCCAGGAGCAGCUCAAUGAGUUCCGAGCGAGCUUCAACCACUUUGACAAGAACCGCACCGGCCGACUUGCUCCUGAGGAGUUCAAGAGCUGUCUGGUCUCCCUGGGCUACAGCAUCGGCAAGGACAGACAAGGAGAGAUAGACUUCCAGCGUAUCCUAGCUGUAGUCGACCCGAACAGCACUGGUUAUGUCCACUUUGAUGCGUUCUUGGACUUCAUGACUCGGGAGUCUACCGACACAGACACUGCAGAACAGGUCAUUGACUCAUUCCGCAUCCUCGCUGCAGACAAGCCAUACAUCUUACCGGAUGAACUGCGGCGAGAACUGCCGCCCGACCAGGCUGAGUACUGUAUCCAGCGCAUGCCCCCAUACAAGGGCCCCAACGCUGUCCCCGGGGCUCUAGACUACAUGUCCUUCUCCACGGCGCUGUACGGGGAGUCUGACCUGUAGACGUCCUCCACGCCACAACCAAGCUCGACAAUAUCUACUCACUAAUAUUGGUGCCUUUUUUUUUGUAACCACUUGUAGCGUUUAGGUUAGAAUUGUUAAUUGUAUUUUUUUAACCUAAGCGUGUACAUGGGCUUUACUUGUGUUGUAUUCUACCAAAGGCCGUAUUUGGUAUUGAAGGUGAAGUCGGGGUGGUGACACCAGCUUCUGUACUUAAAAAGCAGCCAAAAUUGCUCAACUUGUCACCACCCGUAAGCAUUGUGUAGUUAUUGUAAAGUUAAAUCUAGACAUAUAUUCUUAAUAAAACAUUGUAAAAACAUAAAUAAUAAAAUUACCUUUUUUAAUUCCAAUUUCUUGGAAAUAACCACACUUGUAAGUAUUUUCGCACAUUUUAGAAUUUUCUUCAUCUUUAUGGUCUGUUCAUUUUAUUAAUGAAUUAUGUUAUUUAUAUUUUGUCUAUAAUGGUAAACAAAUUUAACUAACAUCGUUAUAAUUUUAGAAUAAUUUUGAUUAUAGUUUAUUUAUUUUAUUUAGGUUAUGUCUGGUUUUAUUUCUGUAAGUUUAGUUUAUAAAAAUAUAUCUUAUAAGCCAUAGUGAAUCUCAACUACAAGGCAUGAAGCCUAGCCUUUGAUACCAAACCAAAAAUGUCCUCUGCGGCAGUAAAAUCGAGCUGAACGAAUCGAAAAUUACUUCUUUUUAUUGUAAACAAGUUCCUUUUAUUUUUUAAGUUGUACUGACAACUUGAAAUUACUUGUACAGCAGCACUGAUGUUUUUCUUGCCAGGUAUUUACUUAUAAGAUACGAGUAACUAUCUCACAUUAAUUUGCACUGCCAUCGAAGGGAAUCAAUCUUGAAUGGAAAACUGAAAAUCAAACCAAAUUAUUUAUUUAUUAUUUAACGUCUACUGGUUUGAUGAUUUGGUUUUGAUUUUAUGUAUGUGUAUUUUGAGAUUAUGUAAAGUUAGAUUAUUGGAAUGAGUUUAUUUGAUGUUAAUAAAGAUUUACAAUAUUUACACAAUUCAUUUACUUUAAUACAUUAUGGUUUCCAGUACAUUUCUGAUCUAGUCAUUGUAGUUUUGGGAUCUGUACAAACAUACCAAAAGAGAAAUUAAAUGGAACUUGGUGCAGUA